AUGCGUAAGGGAAGUGCGGCCCGACGGCCCUGCGCCCAGUCGGCGGAGUCCAAUCGUCCGGCGCGUCGGGCAGAUGUGCCCACCGACAGAUGGCGCCUGCCAACUCUCGCCCAAUCACAGCCCUCUCUUGAGGACACCCACGACAUGCGUGCACACCGGUCGCUUAGCAACGGUGACGGCGACGGCGACGGCGACUGUAACGGCGACUGCAACGGCGAGGGCGACGGUGACAGCGACGGCGACGGCGAGGGCGAGGGCGAGGGCCACGAAAGGCGCAAGGAUUGGCGCAAUGGAUGGCGUGACAGCCGGAGCCAAGGGAACACACGAGACGGGCUAGACGUGGGAGGGAGGAGAGGGCCAACUCAAUGUUCGCGCUUCUUCACAAAAGCAGGCCUAGUUGCCAGCCGACUGGCCGGCAACUUUUGCCCACGGGGCCUGUCGCCGUGUCGCAGGAGUGGCCGGGUUUGCCCACGAAUCCGAGGCAACGGCGGCUGCCACGACUGGCGGCAUCGUGGCGACAGUACGUGA